GGACGCCCCGGCAGCCCAGGCGGCAAGGCUGCGGCGGGCGCCGGCUAGGCCCGCCCUCUUCCCGCCGCCACGCCCCGCGCCUCCGCCGGCCGGCUACUGUCAGCUCCUUCAGCGUCCGCCCGAGACAUUGUGUAUGCUGAGCUGCUGCGGCUGCAGGCUGCUGCACGUCCUGGGCCUUAGUUUACCGCUGCUGACCCGCCGGCCGCUUUUCAUCGGCCCUCACCGCCUCAUGAAACCGCUGGUUGUGUUCGUCCUCGGCGGUCCCGGCGCCGGCAAAGGAACCCAGUGCGCUCGCAUUGUCGAGAAAUAUGGCUACACACACCUUUCUGCAGGAGAACUUCUUCGCGAUGAAAGGAAAAACCCUGAUUCACAGUAUGGUGAACUCAUUGAAAAAUACAUUAAAGAUGGAAGGAUUGUGCCAGUUGAGAUAACCAUCAGUUUGUUAAAGAGGGAAAUGGAUCAGACGAUGGCUGCCAAUGCUCAGAAGAAUAAAUUCUUGAUUGAUGGGUUUCCAAGAAAUCAAGAGAACCUUCAAGGUUGGAACAAGACCAUGGAUGGGAAGGCAGAUGUAGCUUUCGUUCUGUUUUUUGAUUGUAAUAAUGAGAUCUGUGUUGAACGAUGUCUUGAGAGGGGAAAGAGCAGCGGAAGGAGUGAUGACAACAGAGAGAGCCUGGAAAAGAGAAUUCAAACCUACCUUCAGUCAACAAAGCCAAUUAUUGACUUAUAUGAAGAAAUGGGGAAAGUCAAGAAAAUAGAUGCUUCUAAAUCUGUUGAUGAAGUUUUUAAUGAAGUUGUGAAGAUUUUUGACAGAGAAGGCUAAUUCUAGACCUGAAAGCAUCCUUGAAAUCAUGCUUGAAAUAUUGCUUUGAUAGCUGCUAUCACAAUCUCUUUUUAAGUCAAUUUUAAUGUUUCAUAAUUAUAUCACAAUUAAUGGCCACAAAGUAUGUAAGACAAAUUAAAUUUUUUAACUUUUUUUUUUGUCACAGGAGUAGAGAGUGAAUUUGGAUCUAAUUUCAUCUUAGCUAUGGUGCUCACGAAACAAAGAAGGGCAUUAGCUAGUUCUUUGUUUUUAUUGAAUAAGAAAAUCCCUUUUAUAGUUUGUGCCUUCUGUGAGCAAAACUUUUUGGUAUGUGUGUAUCCCUUUAGUAAUUAUAAUGUGUCAGGACUAGGGAUUCCUCAUUUCCUCUUUUUCUUGCAGGUUUUAAAUGUCCAACCUGUUAAGUAAAUUUAUGGACCAAAUUCCAAAGGGACUCUGUGUAGUCAGUUCUUGCAUAGUGUGUUUGGUAAACAAACUCAUGAAAUGAAUUGCUAGAAGUGUUUUAGCAUUUAUCACAUAACUGGCCAUAUCCCGUAGAAAGGUAAGAACACUUAGGCUACACCUUCCUACGGCAUGUACAGAGUUGUGUGGCAGGGCGCAGCCUCUGCGUCCAGGGAUGGGGAUGGGGGUACUGGGGUUCAGAGCCUGACAGGGUCGUCAGCUUUAUUCUGACAUAAGUCUGAGGAUAAGGGGCAAGGAUCACUUCUAAUGACACGUGUUCCUUGUGCUCUAUUAUUUACUGUUAUUAGUGAUUAAGUUGAUCUCAACCAAAUUUUCAGUAGUGGAAUCUUGAAAUGCAUGUACUAAAUUUAUGGUAAAAUGAGUUUUUUUUGGUUUGCUUUCCAGACUAAAUAUAAUAACAUUAGAAUAAGGUAGAAGAAAUAUAAUGGUUAAAUUUCCCAUUUCUAUUUUAUUUUUUGAAUAUUUUUUCAUAGUUAUUGUUUAAGAAGAUUUAAAAAAUCGCUGCACUUUGGUCAGAAAAAUAAUAAAUAUAUCUUAUAAAUGUUUGAUUCCCUUCCUGGCUACUUUUAUUCAGUAAAUUCUUUUUUCUGGCAUCAUGUUGAAGCGUGGAAAGGUGUAGAAUAAAACGGGCUAUAGAGUCCAAAGAAAUUUA